UUUUUUUUUUUCAUACAGAUGGCAGGCAAGGCUGUAGAUUUGGACGUCGAUGACAUGGACUUCCCACUGCCAGAGCAGCAGUCGCGCGCGUUCCCGGCCGAGGGCAUCCGUAUCGGGCAGAGCCUGGGUGGAGUGAAGUUUGUGAACGACGAAUCGCGCUUCAAGCGGUGGGUAUGCCUGUACCCGCUGUACUUCGACAAGGCGCGCUCAGUGGAGCAGGGCCGCAAGGUGCCGCAGUCGUUGGCGGUGGAGCAGCCGUUUGCGCGGCAGAUCGCUGCCGCGGUCAAGGAGGUCGGCUUCAACGUGUGCUACGAGCCGGGCAAGACGCACCCGCGCGAUUUCUUCAACCCCGGGCGCGUGCGCGUGCAGCUCUUUGACGAGGAACACCGGCCGGUCCGCCAUGACAUCCAGACGCGCAAGAAGCUGAUGCGCUAUGUGGCCGAGAGAAUGCCCCACGUCAGUGCCGAGCGCGAGAAGGAGCCGACGCUGCAGGAUCUGAUUGACUCGGGUGCCAUGCCUGUGUUGCCUGGCAUGCCGCCGCCCGGCGCCAACAACGACGAAGAGGAGCCGGCUGCGCAGCCCAAGCCUGGCAAGCAAAAGAAAAAUAAGAAAAAGGGAAAGGCGAAGCAUCUUGUUUGAAGAAUACACAUGACUAUGAAUGCACGUUGGUGAUGCGCCAGUUGCCUGGUGUGUAUAUGUACACUUUGUUGUCCGGUGACGGGCCCGGGGGCGGCGACGGCGGGAAUGUCACGGUGUAUGACGUGGUGGGCUGUUCAUCAUAGUAAUGGUGGUGUUUGACCACAGUCUUUGCGGGCUUUCUGGCAGGCUGUUCGCUGUGGUGGUGGUGAUGGUAGUGCUUGACCACAGGCCGCUUGGGUUGCGCAGUGCUGUCGGAUUUCGGGAACAGCGAGAACCUCUCCUUGGGCUUGUCCUUUUUGCGCGCCGUAGUACAUUCAUAUACGUCGUAGUGCGACUUGACAGUGCACUGGUGGCCGUUGGUAGGCGCACAGUUGCAAUGCGUGCAGACAGUCAGCGGGGUCUUGUGGCGCCAGUACUCGCCAUAGCGCCUGUCGCGCUCGGCGCAGUGGGGACAGCAGUGGGCUGCGGUUGCCG